AUGGCCAGCAGCAGCACACAGGGUGGACGGAGGAAAAUCUCAGAACUGCAACUCAAGGUAUUUAGCAGCAGAACUAUUGUGUAUAAACAAGAACUUUUCAUCUAACUGGUGCAUUUCUAAUAUUAUUAUUUUUAGCUACAGAGGAUGGGGGCACUUUACACAGCCAUGCCUUUGUGUCUGCCAGGGGAAAUUGUUAGAAUAAAAGUGUAACAAAACAAAACCUACAAAGUGAUUUUUGUGUGAGUUCUAAAAAAAACAAAAAACAACACACACACACAAAAAAAGCACGUGUUCUCAUUCACUUGCGGAAUGGAUGGUGGUGCAGUGUGUAACCUGGCUGAGCUCGGUUACCAUGGAGACAGGCUUGGUUUAGGCUUCCUAAGGUUGUAGUUAGUAUGAAGCUCCCUCCCUGUCUAUCUGUGAACCUUGCAUGUUGCAUGGAAAUUGUUUUUCGUCUGCAACAGAUUUUAGACUUUUGCCUGAAUAAAAAAGUGUGCAGAUCUCUCCUUUUAACUCAAGUUACUCUAUUUACAAACUGACUGCAAAAUCAAACCAUGAACAGGAAGGCAAAGUACAGGGCAAUAGGUUAAAAUGGAUUCCUUUGAAAUUUAAAGAAGUCAUGUUAUACUGCUGGUGUAUGUCACAGUGUGGGCUUUGAUUGCUCUUGGUGGCAUGUAUUCUGUUGCAUGGCAGGGCAUCAAGUUUUGAAAGAAGUUAUUUAUUUAUUUUUUAUGAAGUAUAUGUAAAAAAAUAAUGAGAAACUCAUCCCUAACUUUAGCAUAUGGCGGGUUCCUACAGCCAUAUACAUACACCUGGGGUCAGACAGUGUUUGAAAACUGACAGCUAGUCUCUAUGAUCUUCACUGCUUCGCUCCCUGCACAGAAGCUGGGAAGACCAUAGAGACUAACUGUCAGUUUUCAUACACUGUCUGACCCCAGGUGUAUGUAUAUGGCUGAAGGAUCCAUUUAUAUGCUAAAGUUAGGGAUGAGUUUCUCAUAUUUUUUCACAUAUACUUCAUUUAAACAAAAAAAAAAAUUCUCUUAAAACGUGAUAAAAGGUUUAUUAUAUUAAAAACUGUUUUGAAGUGACAAUUGUCCUUUUAACAACUGUAUAUCUUUUUUAGUACUUUUAGGAAGGGUUUUCAUUGGGUAACAAGUGAGAUAGUCAUGGUAAUGGCAGGCGGGACAAAUGAGGAGCAGUCUCAUGCAGUUUGGCAGAGCGAAGGCUGGUGGGUAAGUAUCGGGUUGGGGUUUGGAGAGGCAGCACGAGCAGGGUGUUAGGCGUAGGGAAGCUCGUGCCCUGGGACGGUUCUCUGAUUGGUAGAUCGCAGCGCAAGGGAACCGCGGAAGUAUAAAUUUAAAAUUAAUUUACGUCAACUCGUGCCAGACAAUUAAAGGUUGGCUGCGUGUAAGUAUUUGAGCUGCAGCAACACCCAUCCUCCCCCUUUUCAGUUAUGAUUUUGUCAUGACCUUAUUAUGGGAUAUGAGUCACCCUCAUGGGCAUCACAGGAGGGUGGAUUUGGUUUUAAUAUAUAUUUCUGGAUUUAAGGGGCUGAACAUGGAAAUGGUUAAUGAGUUAUUUGGUUUUGGUUAAAAGUUAUGGUUUAUUAUUAUGGAUGUUGAUGUUUAAAUUGAAAUUGUGAAAUCCGUAAUAAAGGUCACAGCCAUUCUCCAAAUGUUUCAAUUUAUCAAAAUAAACAUAUUAAAGGAAGUUUUUUUUUUUAAUUAUUAUUAUUAUUAUACUUUGUAUCAUUAAGAAUGCAACAUUUAAGCCCCGUGUUUCACUAACAAACAACAAAGCAUACCAAUUGGAUGAUAGUAAUCACAAUCUUUAGGAACUGAAUAAGGAUAGAAGUGGUUUUUAAAAAGUGGGUGAAGGAGGGGAGGGGGUGGAUUCCAUCAAACAUGCAUCUGGCACGCACAGGGAAACCAAUACAAUUUUAAAAUAUUUCAAGGAACGAGAGAACAGCUAAGCAUACUUAUGUUUAUUAAUAGAAGAUUCACAACAUUUUUUAAUUUUAGUUUAAUGCAAUGCUGUCACCGUCCGUAGACUUUGCCGAAUUUGCAAUGUCCCCCGACGGUCACUUUGCUGAGGGUAAAAAAUGAUGUGUCUGAACUUGUCUCUUGCGGACAACGCCAUCUUGAUCAGGCUGCUUUUCUCCAACUCCUGGUGUUUCAGCGCCAGGAGCCGAUGUCCCUGCUGUACUCUCGCGCAUCCUCAAUAGACACAGUGAGUUCCUUGCAGCCAUCACUGAUGACGGUUGCAGAUCUCCGGCUUGUGUCAGGUGGAGGAGAAAUACAGAAACAAAGUAGUCCCUAUUUUGUCUCUAUAUAUCUCUUGAUUGGGAUAGGAUUUCAGUGAAAUUCCAACACAGUCAUAAAGAGUAUUUCAUAAAUAUUCUCUCUUUAUGAAAUAUAAAUUUUUAACGUAGGGGUAAUACUGCUGCAUUAAAGGAACACUUUAGCUUGAUCUUAUAGUGUUAAAAACACUGCUUAGGUGGCCACUCCCCUAAGACUUACUUUUUUUCCAGCACCGUAUGGGUCUGUCGGCACUUGCCCUGCCCUGAUCCGUCUAAUUGGCUGCGAGCACCAGAAUUGACAACCUCAGCCAAUCUAAUGCUUUCCCAUAGUAAAACAUUGGAAUGCUAAUGCGCACACUCAGGAAAACAUUGCUCUGCACUAGGGAUGCACCGAAAUGAAAAUUCUGAGCCGAAACCGAAAAUUCAGGAUGCCCUUGGGCGAAAACCGAAACCCUACCCCAGUGUUCCUUUUCCCUUCCCUGUCCCUUAGUCCCCCACCCUUAAUGUUCCUCUAUCCUCCCCUUUAGUGUUCCUCACCCCUCCCUCUUUUUUAGUGUUCUUUCCUCUCUCCUUCCCAGUCCCAUAGUUCUCUCUCCCCAUAGUGUUCUUUUCUCCUCCCUCCCCUGUCCCAAAGUGUUCUGAAUAUGCAGCACUGACCCAGGAAGCACCUCUAGUGGCUGUCUGAGUGACUGCCACUAGAGGUGUUACUAGGCAGUAAUGUCAACAUUUUCAGAGAAAAGGCAGUGUUUACAGCAAAAAACAUACAGGGACUGACUAUACUCACCCGAACAACUACAUUAAGCUAUAGUGUUCCUUUAAAUGAGGUCAGCAGAGAUAGACUUAGUCUUUAUUAGUAGGUGAAUAAUGGACUUCCUUAAACCAUUUAUACACUUAGAGGAUGUGAAUGAUGAUGAAGGUCAUAUAUCAACAAGUUUGUACUAUUAAAAUGAGUAGUAUAUAUUCUUCUUACAUUCAAGCUGUAAUGCAGUUACUUGGUAACUGAGCUUUUACAUUCUCUGUUCUAGAUUGAUGAGCUACAGAACACAAACAAGGGACUGGAGCAACACAUCUUACAUCUCGAGGAAAACCGGGAGGUUGUAAAUAAUCAGGUAGAAGACCUCACUCGAAAAAAUGAACACCUGUGCCUGGAGCUGUCAGAAAUAGACAAGCUAGCUGAGCAGCUGGAGAGAGAUAAGGACAAAGCUCUGACUGUUGCUCUACAAGAACUUGAUGAUUCUAAGGUAGACUUGGGAAAUGGAUAAACAACCAAAAGUAUUUAAUUGCAUUAAUCUAAAUGAAUGGUUAAAAAAGUGCUUGAUUUAUACACUCCAUUUUUAUUUGUGAACAAGUCACUGUUUGUAAUAUGUUUUCCAAUAAUAGCAAAGUGGGAGACAAAACAAUGUUGUUACAUUGUAGGGCAGACAUGUUUAACACAGAAAAGCUCUGCAGUUGGCAUUUUAUCUUAAAGGGACACUAUACUCACCAGAAUAACUACAGCUUGAUGCAAUUAUCCUGGUGUCUAUAGCCUGCCCCUGCAGGAGUUUUAAUGUAAACACUGCCCUUUCAGUGAAAUGGCAGUCACUCAGAUGGCCACUAGAGGUGCUUCCUGUGUUAUUGCUGCACAAUGUGCAGCACUGACGUUUAGCGUCUCCACGCUCUGCAUUGAUGUGCUGAAUGUUCCUCAUACAGGUGCAUUGAUUCAAUUCAUUGAUGGUGAUUGGUGUAACGCAACGUUUAUCUGUGUAUGUGCAUUGGCCUCUAAAUUGCUUUCCUAUGGGAAAGCAUUAGAUUGCCUGAGAUCAUCAAAUUUGACUUGGAGCGUGGGUGGCAUCAGUGCUGGAAAAAGUUAAGUUAUAACUUUUUUUUAACGGGGGCAGCCACCUAAAUUAUGAUUUCAUAUAUAUAUAAUAUUUAAGAUCCUAGAGUUCAAGCCUAACAAUAGAACAAUAGAAUAUCUUAGAUUGUAGAUACGAUACUAGUCUAUAUAUGUUAUAUUUUAGUCAUUCCAGAAACAUAGAUUGUGACGGCAGAUGAGAACCAUUCAGCCCGUCUAGUCGGCCCAAGUUUCUAAAUACUUUCAUUUGUCACUGGUCUUAUCUUAUAUCUAGGAUAGCCUUAUGACUAUCCCAUGCAUGCUUAAGCUCAUUCAGUGUGUUAAUCUCUACCACUUCAGCUGGUAGACUAUCCCCUGCAUCCAUCACCUUCUCAGUAAAGUAAUACUUCCUGAUAUUAUUUUUAAACCUUUGUCCCUCUAAUUUAAGACUAUGUCCUCUUGUUGUGGUAGUUUUUCUUCUUUUACUGUGUUGAUUCCCUUUAUGUAUUUAAAUGUUUCUAUCAUAUCCCCCCGUCUCGUCUUUCCACCAAGCUAGUAGCCCUCCUCACUACUCUCUCCAAAGUAUCAAUAUCCUUCUGAAGAUACGGUCUCCGGUACUGCGUAAAAUACUCCAGUGAGGUCUCACCAGUGUUUUGUACAAUGGCAUGAGCACUUCCCUCUUUCUACUGCUAAUACCUCUCCCUUUACAACCAAGCAUUCUGCUAGCAUUUCCUUCUGUGCUAUUACAUUGUCUGCCUACCUUUUAAGUCAUCAGAAAUAAUUACCCCUAAAUCCCUUUCCUCAGCUAUUAAAGUUAGGACUGUAUCAAAUAUUCUAUAAAAAAUAAAAAUAUAAUACAGUACUCAAAUGUUCUUACUUAGUAAAAAUUAUAUAUUUUCUUGCCAAAAAUUGGUCUAUUAUGAAGAUACAUAGAAAAAUAUGCAAAAUAUCAAAAGCAGCAACAUAAUGUGGCAAAUCUGCGAAUAUUAUAUACGCUGCCAUUGGGUUUUUUCGCCCAAGGUUCAUUAUCUUGUAUUUAUCCACAUUAAAUAUCAGCUGCCACAGCUCUGACAAUUUUUCUAGUUUACCUUAAUCAUUUGCCAUUUAGCUUAUCUCUCCUGGAACAUCAACCCUGUUGCAAAUCCUUGUAUAAUCAGAAAAAAGACAUACCUUACCAUCAAGACAUUCUGUAAUAUUACUAAUAAAAAUAUUGAAGAGAAUCCCUGAGGUACCCCACUGAUAACAAGAUCUUGCUUUGAAUAUACUACAUUGACUACAACCCUCUGUUGCCUGUCACUCAGCCACUGCCUUACCCAUUCAACAAUAUUUGAAUCCAAACUUAAAGAUUGCAGUUUAUUGAUAAGCCUUCUAUGUGUGACAGUGUCAAAAGCCUUACUGAAAUCUAGAUAAGCAAUGUCUACUGCACCACCCUGAUCUAUUAUUUUAGUUACCCAUUAAAACAAAUCAAUAAGGUUAGCUUGACAUGAUCUUGUUUCUAAUUUUGAAAUCCAUGUGAUUUUAGAUGUUCUACAAUCCUAUCCUUUAACAUGGUUUCCAUUACUUUCCCCACUACUGAAGUAAGGCUUACUGGCCUAUAGUUGCCCGACUCCUCCCUACUACCUUUCUUGUGAAUGGGCACAACCUUUACUAAUUUCUAAUCUUCUGGGAUUACUCCCGUUAACAAUGAUUGGUUAAAUAAAUCGGUUAACAGUUUUGCUAGUACACCACUAAGUUCAGUCUAUAUAUAAUUGUCUGUAGAAUAGACAAUCUCUAAGUAUGGUCUCGAUUUAACAUUAUUCGAUAAGUUUUCCAAUAAUAUUUUUGGACAAACUACUUUAGAAACAUAUUAAAAUAUCAGAACAUAUUAUGUAUAAAAAAUAUAUCAAAAUAUAAAUAGAUAAUAUAUUUUCAUGAUAUUUAAAAUUUCAUCCAAAAAUAUUAUACCUUUUGGAAAUCUUGUCCAACAAUAUUUUAUUAAUGCCUAUGCUGGAAAAGUGGACAUAAUUAGAAGGUUCACAUGGCUUUUUCUGCCAUCAAACAGUAAACUUUGGAAGAUUGCAAAUAUACACCACGGUGCCCAAGAGGGCAUUUGUACAUUGAGUCCUGAGACAUUUGUUGAUUUUAUAUGCUUCAAUAAAUUUUGGUUUCACGGGUGGAUCCAAUCCACUGAGCUGUGCAUUGUUGUCUCUUGUUUUCCUGUUUGAUUUUUCUGCUGAUUAAACCAUAGCAGAUUUUUACGCUUUUGCUGCUUUGGUGAAUUAUAUUAUUGUUUUGGCACUGUAGUAACCACACUCCCUAAUCGUUUAUGUUUGCUCUUCACCACUGAGCAAGAAAAUGUUGAGGAAAUACCAAGUGCGUAAUGAGUAUCAGAAGACAUGUAUUAAAAAUAACUGGGCUAUUUUUGUUCAAGGCUAUUGGAUCUGGCACCUGUAAUUAUUCUAUUAAUAUUGAUCAAGUUUCCUUAAAGAGGAACUUUGAGCACCACAACUACUGCAGCUUAUUGCAGUGUUGUGAUGCAUCCUUCCAUCAAACUAAUUUUGAGUUGUGUGACUUUAAAUUGGGAAAUCCUUGCCCCCAAUGCCCUGCAUUCAUCUGAUAAUCAGGUAAUGUGGACAUUUUACUCCUUAUUGUGUGUCCAACGCAGUUCAACCUGAGAUGGUUAUGAGAGCUAAGGGCCAGCACUCAUAGUGUAUACACCGAAUGCUCUUCUCAAUGUGCCUGAUUUUUCUUUGGGGGCUAGAGUAGCAGUUUUUAAACUAAAAGGCCUGUUAUUUUUUUUUUUCUCUGCUUUAUUUUAAUUAUUUUUUUUUCCUUUCAGAAUGAGAUUAGACUACAGCAGAAAACUGUUGAACAACUGGAGGUCACUAUUAAAAAUAUAACGGUGGUGAGUGUAUUUAAUUGUAAAUGUAAAAUGAGUGGUAGUAAUGUUUCUAUUCAAUGAAUCCCCAGUUAAAAUAUUCCUUUUGGCAUUAACAAAUUGGGAAAUGAUUUACUAAAUUUAGAGGAAUGAUAUAAUACUGGGCUCAAAACUUCCAUUUGCCCACUAGCCUCUGGCAAAAAUUCAGCAAUGACAAGUAGAAAUUCACUCCGGGUGAAUGUGCCAUGGACCACCUAGGCUUGCAGUGGUGCAUAAGUUUUAGGGAUGCCUGGUAUCAUAGGAUUUGGAAUGUUCAGCCUAAUCUAGUACAUCUAGUCUGUAAUUUAGACAUUUGCCCAAUAGAAACAUGUCCUUGCUAGGAAAUAUCAUUGACUGUUUCUGUGUAUAGAAAAUGAUCAGUGCGCAUACAAAAUAUACUGUUUUGAAUUUUACAAAGUUACUUCAAAUAUAUUUAGUUUAGCCAUACUGAUAUCUUAUUAAAAUACUCCAUUACUGGUGGGUUAUAAAGUAAUUUUAAUAUGGAAGAUAAAAGCACUAGUGGAUGUCUCCGUUACGUGCAUAAAAGCAGUCAAUACACUGUUUCUGUUUACUUUCUAUACCAUAAGAUGACUAAAAGCAGUAUUUUUGUUGCUUUAGACAUGGGGUGAAGCUAAAGGUGGAUAUACAGUGUCUCACAAAAGUGAGUACACCCGUCACAUUUUUGUAAAUAUUUUAUAUCUUUUCAUGUGACAACACUGAAGAAAUGACACUCUGCUACAAUGUAAAGUAGUAAGUGUACAACCUGUAUAACAGUGUACAUUUUCUGUCCCCUCAAAAUAACUCAACACACAGCUAUUAAUGUCUAAACUGUUGGCAACGGUACACCCCUAAGCUGAAUUGUCCAAAUUGGGCUCACUUUUGUUGCCAACAGUUUAGACAUUAAUGGCUGUGUGUUGAGUAAUUUUGAGGGUACAGCAAAUUUACACUGUUAUAUAGGCUGUACACUUACUACUUUACAAUGUAGCAGAGUGUAAUUUCUUCAGUGUUGUCACAUGAAAAGAUAUAAUAAAAUAUUUACAAAAAUGUGACGGGUGUACUCCCUCUUGUGAGAUACUGUAAUUCUAUGACGCUCUUCCUUGCAAGCACUGGCAUCUUCUUUCAUCAGCUCUGGGUGCUUUAACUGCAAGCAUGCCAUGUAACUGCAGUGCUUUUGAGGAUAUGAGAUAGAACAACACAAAUGCUCCAGCAGGAUCCUUCAUAGAAAAGAACGCACAAUGAACAAGAAGAUGCCUGCCUCUUUUGGUAACUUUUGACAAAAGUUGAGAGGGGAAGCUAUUCCUUUUGUCAAACUAGACUUUCCAAAUAAGUCAAAGCAGUCCCUACUUUGUUUUUUGUUAGCUUUAAAUGUAUUGGGAUGCCAAUGAUAUUUCAAUGCAUUUCAAAAAAUAUUACAUCUUUAUGGAAUACUCAUAACUUGACCAUAGGUGUUUUAAUAAGGAUACAACUUUAUUUAUGCAUAACUUGAGAAAUGUGUUUUUAAACAGGAUGCUAAUAUUGCCAAAGAACAUUUAGUAAAAGUAGAAAACGACUUGCAAGAGAUGAAGGAGGAAAACAGAUCUUUGAAUAUCCUCUUAGACCAGCUGCAGGAGGACAAGAACAGGCUGACAAAGAAAGUGGAGAAAUUGGAGAAGACAGGUGUGGCAUAUCAAAUAAUGUUUUUUUAUUCACUUAUAGUUAUGCUGAAAAUGUAUAUUGUGCUGACACUGUAAAAUUUCCUUCUAGUUUAUUGCCAAUAUAAGAAUUAAAUUACACAGGAAGUGAGAGGUGCUGGAGGAGGAUCCUGGCUGUCCUCCUCCUCUGUGUGUUUGCUGUGAAGGCACAUCAUGAUGUCCUAAUACCGCCAGCCGGAACUCUUUGCAUCUCCCUGACCUCUUCCUGUGUGAAGGCACUGAGUUGUGGUUGAGCACUCACUUUGUAUGUGCAGUGACUUGGAAUUUGCAGCCUAAUCUAGUACAUGAAAUCUUACAUUAUCAAAUUAUUGUAACACGGCUUCGAAAAGAGAUUAUACGAUCACCUAAGACACCAAAAGGUGCUGGUUCUGUACAUAGGAAGCCUUGCAGCCCAUUGACAAUCCAGAUGUCAAUCCAGACAAUUAAGUAAGUAUUUACAUACAAAUAAUAAAUUCCACUACCACACACAAUCACACUCAGUCAACCUGUGCACAAUCACACAGAUCGCACACAGGUCUGUUGCUUACAGGGAACCCUUUCUUUGAUUCUUGCACCCAGCGUUUUCUAGUUAUGCCCCUGAAACUCCCUCUUAGUGGAAGGACUAAAGGCAAAACAGGUGCUUUUAUAUGAUUAAAAAUGUUAUCCUGGUUUCCUUUGUGAUUGCUCCUUUUUAAUCACAUGGACCCAGAUUAGCACCUUUUGCCUUAAACCACAUUUACCAGUAUAAAACUUUCAUCUUAAAUUUUUUUCACAGAGAAGAAUACUGUUUUAGCAAAUGAGAAGAGAAGAACCACCAGCCCCUCUAAGUUGGAUGCAUUUGUCAAGACAUUAGAGGAUGAAAGAGAUCAUUACAAGAGGGAAGCAGAUAAUCUGAGGAAGAUGGUCCGUGGGCGAAGUUGUAGCCCUAAGCGUACUCCCGCCCAGGUAAGCAGCACAGCAUCCAAAAACCGUGCAUGAGAUACCCAUCAUAUUUUUAAUUGAUCUUCUUUUAAAAUAGAAUAGCCAUCUCUGUAUAAUUAAACUCCAGUAAAAAUAUUACUGUAUUUACAUCAUAGACGGCUGCAGCAGAGAAUUGUUCCAAUUCUAAUUAAAGAAAAACUGUCAACUUUUUCUUGGUUAGUGUUUAGUAGGUGAGUUUUUCUUUCAUGGUCUGUAAAGAAAGUGUGCAAAUAUUGCAUUUGACAGGCUUCCCCCUUUGCCCAGUGUGUGCAGACAUUUUCAGUGAUCAUGGUUUGGAAUCAGCCAUUCUCCGACCUAAGAUCUCGUUCUGUAAGCCAGCUGCUGCACAUUUGCAACCAAGAGAAGAAUGCAAGAAAUAGAUCACUCUGUCACCCUUUUAAUUCACAUCUACUCAUGUUUAUUUUCGAAUCUGUGUAUAUAUUACUCGCCAUGUCAUUUUUUUUUUUAUCCUAACUUUUUCCUUCCUUCACAGCUUGAACCUGAACUUAAAGCUGCCCAGGAAAGAGAUGCCUUAAGAACCAUGCUGGAGAAAUAUGAGCGCCAUAUGGCAGAAAUCCAGGCUAAUGUCAAAGUUCUGACAUCAGAGAGGGAUAAAACCAAUGUGCUUUAUGAAAAGGUACUUACUUAACCUCACCAUCCCCUGUGCACAGCAUUUAGCUGGGCAUCUGCAGUAAGUUACUUUAUUUCAGUUGUAGUCCUUAUGCCUAGGGUACACAAUGCAGGCCACAGUAGUUUACCCUCCAAGGCACAGAUAUAUGAUUCUGGGGCUUUUAAAUGGAAACCAUGACUUCUCUGGAAAUAUGAUGUUCCAUUUUCUUUAAAAUGUAUGUUAAAGAUUUAGGAAAUUAUAUCACAAUUCAGGUCAGUCCAAGCACAGCCAAGGCAUAUACUGAAUUGGAGAGAAAGCAAACAGAAACACAGGGGACAUUUAUGAAAGUUUUCUAAAAAAUGUGCCCUUUAUUUUUGGUUUCUAAUCUGUUUGUAUGUAUUCAUUCUAGAACUAGUCUAAAAAAUUGUAUUUUCUUAAUUCUACAAUUUCUCACUGGAAAAAAAAUAUCAGAACAGACAGUGAAAUUUAGAGCUACAAAAAAGCAGAAAUAAAUACUUUUCUGGAAAAGUGAUGGAAAGAUUGAUAAAGCCAUGGUAUCGUAAUGCCGGUUAGGCUGCCAAAAAAGCAACAGGCGAAAGAAAACAACAGAUUUAUUCAAUUACUCUCUAAAAAAGGCACAAAACUCCUUGCCACACCUUGAUAAUCCCCCAUUGUUUGUUACUCCAACUCCACAGACUAUGUACAAAGACAGAAAAGGGCAGAACACAGUUGCAACUGUUGAUUUCUGCAUUUAAUUUUAUUUUGACAUAUUUUUGUUAAAUAUAAGAAUGAAGGUAAGUUUACAUUAAAACUCCUGGUAACUGACAGAUCCCUUUUAAGAAUGUGCUGAUUUGAGCUUAACAUCAAGUGUGGUCCCAAGACAUCAUAGGCUCUUGAACUGAGACAUUACAUGUGUAAUGUGUAUGUAGUGUUCUAUGUAACAGAUUUGUUUUUGCACAACCGUAUUCUAAUCCAUUGUAUGAUGUUUUAGGCACAGCAAGAAGUAACACGGCUUCGAAAAGAGCUUAUACGAUCACCUAAGACACCAAAAGCAUGUGUUACAGCUCAAAGCAUCCUGCGACGAGUGGAAUCUGAAAGGGACAGUGCUAUUUCGGAUUUACGCAGGAUGACCACAGAACGUGACAGUCUGAGAGAGAGAUUAAAGGUAAGAAAUUAUUCUCUGAACACAAAGAUAUAUUUUUUAAAUUCAUGAAUUAUAAGAUAUUAAUGGUUUGAGAUUUGAUUUUUUUACAUGUCUAUGAAGAUAUUGAUGGAAAAAGCUGCUACGCAUCAAUAAAACACAGACCCAUAAUAAAACUAAUGGCUCUAGGAAUUAAGAGAAAUGUCUCUUGUCAAUGUUAAAUAUGGUUUAAUGAUUCACUUUAAGAAUAUCAACAUUGUUUUGAAUUUUAAACAGCAAGCAUCAUAAAAACACAAUAGUGGCACAACACGGUUAUUGUGCUUUUGAUAACGAUCAGCAUCAUUACAGCUCAUGGAAUACUGUUGUAUUCAGUGCUGUUAUGAUGCAGGGUGCGUCAUUACAGCAGAUGGACAUUGGAUGUCUAAAAUCAUGGGAGUCAUGGAGCUCUGGGUUUUACCUAAUCGCAUAAGUGCUCCUUAAAAGCUAAUUCACUAAAAAUGCUCCUGUGCUAUUGCUAAAAGAGUGUCACUCAAACAAUACUCAACAUGUAAAACUCAAUUUUAUUUAUGUAAUUUUUUUUCUAAAUAUUAUUUAAAGUUCACUUUUUAAAAAAUGUAAUGAAAAAUAAAUAUAUAUUUUUAUUAAUACAGAUUUCACAGGAGACAUCUAUUAAUGAGAGAGCUCACCUGGAGCAAAGAGUGGAAGAACUGCAAUCAUCACUUCGAAUAGUAAGAAUAUGAAUGAUCUAAAUAUAAAAGUCUGUUUUGUGUCAUCACAUAUGUGUAAUACCUAAGGCAAUUAAAAUAACUACACUUUACACAGCAUCUCAGGAUGAUAUUGCUCCAAUGACACACCCAGGGUACUAUGCAAACGAACACAAACAAUACUCUUUACUUAUGAUAUUUUUAUUUGUUCCCUUAAUAUUAGCUUGCUAUUUUCAAUGUAGCCUUCAUAAACCCAUACUAGCUUUGUUCACAGCUUGAAAUCCUCAUGACUUUAUCAAAAAAGUCUUGAUUGUCUGUAUGUUUAUAGAUAUGCCUGUCUGUCUAUAUAUCUAUUAAUCUUGGCUCACAAUUGAUAUCCCUUUAAGUUGGAGAGUUUUAAUUUGCAGAGUCUGCAUGUGCAAAACAGCCACAACCCCUACACAUGCAAACACACUUAUGAUUAUGGGUCUUCCUUUGCAUUUUGCUGUAGAUAUGCCUGUGUGCUAUUUGUACCCCAAGAGAAGGUAUUCAGACUUUCUUAUAAUAUACAGUUUAUAUACAUCAAAUCAUUAAAGUUCAAUCCCGGCUGGAUCUUUAGCCAAGUGAACAAUACAUGAAACAAGUGUAUAUAAAUAUACAUGCUCACACAUGUAUGUGCCCUAAUAAAUCCAUGGUAUGAAUUUUGUUACAGAUGGAAAAUGAUUGUGGCGACCACAAAUCUAAGAUUUCUAUAUUAAAAGAUACAGUGUCCUCCUUGGAGAAUGAAAUUAAAAUUCUGACUCAGAGAGCAAGGGAAGCUGAAAGUGAACUGAUCCAACGCAAGUCACAAUGUGACUCACUGAGGUGUGUUUGGAAUUAAUAACUCUCUGCUGUUACAUGUCAGAUAUUUUUUAUAGUCUGGUAGUUUUGUUUGUUAAACAGGCAAAAAAAGACAAGUUCACAUAUAAAUCCAUGUUCAGUUUCAACUUCUGUAAAUAUGUCUAAUCUGUGACUGAAACAAUUAUCUUUAUAACUUCCAGAAUUAAAUGUAACUUCUGUAUUCAACAUUAAUUAGUAGGCCUUGUUCGACUGCGAAGUAGUAUGGAAAAAGUCUUAAGAAUUGUCAUGUCAUAUGUUGGCAAAUUGAUAUCUAAAGGAAGACUAUGAAUUGAUUUUUGAGCAUUCUGUGUGCUCUCACAGGUUAUUUAAUGAGAAAACUGAAAAUUCAUUUGAAGAAACUCAGCGCCGCCUAUCACUAAAACUCACUGAACUGCAAUUGGCACAAGAAAAGAUUGUAAAACUGGAGGAUAAAACAGGUAUGUAAAAAGCCCAGGGUACAAAAAUUCAUACUGUAAUUGACAGUGCCAUGUCUGCAUACUUUGCGCAGUGUUUGUCUCUGAAUAAAUAUUUCUUCAAGUAGACUGAGUGAUUAUAUUUUAUUAUUAAUGGAAUAAUACCACACAUACAACCUAAAACUCAUUCUCUCACAUUUUCUACACAACCCCUAGUAAUAGCAAAGUCUCCAAAUUAUGGCUAAUAAUAAUGUGCAAGUGUGAAGAAAACUACAGACAAUCAUUCAUGGCUAGGGGGUUCAGACAAAAUUGCAAACUUUGCCUCUUAAUAAAGUGUCCUCAAGACACAUUUUGAAGGAGAAAAUCUCUGUUCUAUAACAGAUUAGUUUAUAGCAAAUUAUUAUUUUAAGAGAGUCCAUUUUAUUUCAGAUUGUUUAAUGCUACCAUACGUCAAAUUUGAACAUGUAUACUAAUACACAUAAGUUUUAUAUUAAAGCUGAACUUACAAGCCAAAGUCUCUCUCAGCGAGAAGAACUCUCCAUUCUCAAGGCAACUAUUUCUCAGUUGAACACUGAAAAAGAUUCCUUAAUCUACAGUUUGGAUCAGAAAGCUGCAAAUAUGUCUUCACUUGAGAAGAGCAUUUCUAUAAAAGUAAGGCAUCAUAAUUAAAUCUGUCUUGCACUGGAAAAUGACACUCUCUGCCUAGGGGUUUUUUUUUGUUUUUUUUAAGUAUAUAUUGAUAAUAUCUAUUUAAAAGUAAAAACCCUAGCUAGUUUCUAUAUACAAUGCUCAAAAAAAUAAAGGGAACACUUAAACAACACAAUGUAACUCCAAGUCAAUCACACUUCUGUGAAAUCAAACUGUCCACUUAGGAAGCAACACUGAGUGACAAUCAAUUUCACAUGCUGUUUUGCAAAUGGGAUAGACAACAGGUGGAAAUUAUAGGCAAUUAGCAAGACACUCCCAAUAAAGGAGUGGUUCUGCAGGUGGUGACCAUAGACCACUUCUAGUUCCUAUGCUUCCUGGCUGAUGUUUUGGUCACUUUUGAAUGCUGGCGGUGCUUUCACUCUAGUGGUAGCAUGAGACGGAGUCUACAACCCACACAAGUGGCUCAGGUAGUGCAGCUCAUCCAGGAUGGCACAUCAAUGCGAGCUGUGGCAAGAAGGUUUGCUGUGUCUGUCAGCUUAGUGUCCAGAGCAUGGAGGCGCUACCAGGAGACAGGCCAGUAUAUCAGGAGACGUAGGAGGGCAACAACCCAGCAGCAGGACCGCUACCUCCACCUUUGUGCAAGGAGGAACAGGAGGAGCACUGCCAGAGCCCUGCAAAAUGACCUCCAGCAGGCCACAAAGGUGCAUCUGUCUGCUCAAACGGUCAGAAACAGACUCCAUGAGGGUGGUAUGAGGGCCCGACAUCCACUGGUGGGGGUUGUGCUUACAGCCCAACACCGUGCAGGACAUUUGGCAUUUGCCAGAGAACACCAAGAUUGACAAAUUCGCCACUGGCGCCCUGUGCUCUUCACAGAUGAAAGCAGGUUCACACUGAGCACAUGUGACAGAGUCUGGAGACGCUUUGGAGAACGUUCUGCUGCCUGCAACAUCCUCCAGCAUGACCGAUUUGGCAGUGGGUCAGUAAUGGUGUGGGGUGGCAUUUCUUUGGGGGGCCGCACAGCCCUCCAUGUGCUCGCCAGAGGUAGCCUGACUGCCAUUAGGUACCGAGAUGAGAUCCUCAGACCCCUUGUGAGACCAUAUGCUGGUGCGGUUGGCCCUGGGUUCCUCAUAAUGCUAGACCUCAUGUGGCUGGAGUGUGUCAGCAGUUCCUGCAAGACCUGAAAGCUAUGCACUGGCCCGGCCGUUCCACAGACCUGAAUCCAAUUGAGCACAUCUGGGACAUCAUGUCUCACUCCAUCCACCAACGUCACACGUUGCACCACAGACUGUCCAGGAGUUGGCAGAUGCUUUAGUCCAGGUCUGGGAGGAGAUCCCUCAGGAGACCAUCCGCCACCUCAUCGGGAGAAUGCAUAGGCGUUGUAGGGAGGUCAUGCAGGCACAUGGAGGACACACACACUACUGAGCCUCAUUUUGACUUGUUUUAAGGACAUUACAUCAAAGUUGGAUCAGCCUGUAGUGUGUUUUUCCACUUAAAUUUUGAGUGUGACUCCAAAUCCAGACCCCCAUGGGUUGAAAAAUGUGAUUUCCAUUUUUUUAUUUUUGGGUGAUUUUGUUGUCAACACAUUCAACUAUGUAAAGAACAAAGUAUUUCAGAAGAGUAUUUAAUUCAUUCAGAUCUAGGGUGUGUUAUUUUUGUGUUCCCUUUAUUUAUUUUUUUAACCAGAGUUUUUUUCUAGUUUAUAUAUACAUCUUUAGUUUGUGUUUUACUUUUAAAUUCACAAAUAAGAUUUUAUAAACAUUGUUUAUAUUUCAUGUGAAUUUAUACCCUGUUUUUCUUUCCAUGUUUUAAUAUAGUUACAACAUAAAAUGCAUUUCAUUUUGAGAUAGAAAGGGCUUUACUUUGCCACCUGUCUUCUAAAUACAACAUAAACAGUAAUCCUAGCAUAAAAUCAUGUAUGAUUAGUUAAUGUUUUAAGGACAUUUCUAAUAUGAAGGUUGCAUUUACUGUGGAAUUUCCUAGCUUACAUUUUGCCAUGAAAUGCAUUACUUUAUAUAUGAGGGAUGUCAUCUGCAAUUUGCCAAUACUGCACCGCCAUGUACUGCAUACCAGCUCUGUCACUUCAUGUAUUACAUUUCAGCCCUGUCAUUCAAUUUAUUGCAUUCCAGCUCUGACACUUCAUUUAGAUCGGUGCUGCCUGGGCAUGUUUGAGAUGGCAAAUCUUUUCUCUUUCCUUAUACUCCACUCUAUUGGUAAAAGUUGGGGACUUCCAUAUGCGUAUAUUAUUAUUUUCCCUCCAGAUUAGAGGUAGUGCACUACAACUGGGAUAAUCCUCUAAUCUGAAUCAUUCUAGGCAGACAGACACCUUAAAUUUAAAUUGAUUAGAUCCUCCCCCAAACUCCUCCUCCUUUAGUAUAAAAAGGUAGAAAACCAAAGACCCCCCAGAUCGAGCACAGUGAGUAAACUCUGGCCUAUCUUCCUGCAAGAAGCAGAGCGGGUUAGGUGCUUCCUCCAUCCUCUUCUUAGGUGCGUUCCACCUCUAUGUCUUCUGUCUAUUUUCUUCUUGCCAUGUGUGAUCUGCCCCUAAGCUAAUAAUUGUUUUGCCAUUUUGAUUAAUACUUCUUUGUUUACUUGCCAUGAAAUGGGGGGGGGUGAGAGAAACAUUAAAUUGUAAAAAAAAAAUAUCUAAACUGAGCAUCACCCGAUCAUCGCGAAUAGGUAGUUCAUUAUCUGUAGUCAAUUAAGUGUUCUUUGAAAGUUUUUGUACAAUAUUGCUUUAUAUUGUGUAUUAAUUUUGAAAUGGAAGUGUAAUCUGUACUCUGUUUUUAUUACUAAGGAAAGCACCAUUGAAAGCUUGAGGAGUGUACUUAGUGAAAUGGAAGAUUCUGCACGGUAAGCUUCACUGAAAUUACAUAUGACAGAGUUAUAUCUCUGCUGGGAUACCACAAAGUGCUCAUCAAAUUAAAUGCUUUGUCUACAAGUAGAGAGGGUAGAGUAUAUCAUUAUCAGUAGAUUAUUUUGGAUAAAAUUUUCUCAAGGGAUCAUCAAUGGAUCAGUAGGUUACUGAUUUGCAUUGAAUAGAGAAUAAUGUUGUUAGGGAAUUCACGCUAUGGACAAUAACCAUUACCAGGUUAGAACGGAGUUUAGUAAUUUGCUCCAACUUUCAGUGUACUCGUCAUUAUACUCAUAGUGUUGUCAUGGAUUCAAGGAACCUCUCAUGUUAUGCCAUGUUGGAUCUGGGUUCACGCAAUUAAAUACCUGAGGGACUCAUAUUCUACAAGCUCUAGUUGGGACCUCGGGCCAGUUUGCCAUAGAAUAUUUCACAGCGGAUAAAAUAACACCUAUUUCUAGUACAAAAUAAAAUUAAAAUUACUCUAUUAAAAUGUAUUUUAAAAUACCACAGGAUGUUUUGAAAUAGAUCUGAAAAAUAAACAAGGAAUAAAAUCAUCAAUAUUUUUUUAAUAUUAAAAUGCAUCAAUCUAAAAUGUUUCUACAGGCAAUCUGUGAAGACUGUGAGCAGCCAGGAGCAGGAUAUAAGCAGGUUGCGUCGGCAGAUAGAUGACAUCAGUGAUGAGCUUACUCGUACAGGAAGAGACAGGGAGCUUCUAUCUCAGGAAAAAUCACACCUUCAAGACCAUCUGUCUAAGUGCAAAAUGGAGAUACAGGUAAGUAGUAAAAACUAUUUUAGGUAAAAAAAAAAAAUCAUUAAAGGAACCCUCCAGACCAGGGGCGUAUUAGCCGCGAGGCAAACAAGGCAUUUGCCUUGGACGGCAUUUUUCAGGGGGCGGCAAAAAACGCCGCCCCCGCCCCCGAAUGCCCAGGGCAACUGCCUUGUUAGCCUCGCGGCUAACAGACAUGCUGGGCGCUGGCUGGUGGUCUUGAGGGGCGGCUGGCGAGGGAGCUCUUCCUCUGAGCGGUCUGCUCAGCUCCCUCGCGCGCCACAGAGUGAGGCUGGGAGCCGGGUCGAUGACGUCAUAUUCCGUCUCCCAGCCUCACUCUGCGGCGCGCGAGAGAGCUGAGCAGACCCUCUCAGAGGAAGUGCUCCCUCGCCACCCCAUCAGCCCGACCGGCAGCCACUGGACCACCAGGGAGAAGGAACCCCUUCCUCCUCCCCCGCCCCCAGCACUCCAAAAGGUAAGGAGGCGGGGGGGGGGGUUAAAUAAAAAGAAAAAAAAAAUUGAUGUGAGUGAUUGUGUGUGUCUGACUGUGUGUGUGUGUUUGUGUGUGUGUUUGUGUCUGACUGUGUGUGUGUGUCUGACUGUGUGUGUGUGUGUGUGUCUGACUGUGUGUGUGUGUCUGUCUGACUGUGUGUGUGUGUCUGACUGACUGUGUGUGUGUGUCUGACUGUGUCUGGGUGUGUUUGUGUCUGACUGUGUGUGUGUCUGACUGUGUGUGUGUCUGACUGUGUGUGUGUCUGACUGUGUGUGUGUCUGACUGUGUGUGUGUCUGACUGUGUGUGUGUUUGUGUCUCUUACUGUGUGUGUGUGUGUGUCUGACUGUUUGUGUGUGUGUAUUUAGAAGGUGGGGUGGGGGGGAAGGGUUGGGUGGGGUUGGUGCGGGGGUAGGGGGGUGCCUGAGUUUUGUCCUGCCUAGGGCAGCACAAAACCAGGAUACACCACUGCUCCAGACCCCUAGAGCACAUAAAGGGAAACCAUAUAGUUAGGAAAACCAAGUUGGGGGGACCAAAUAGGCAUGUGCUGUGCUCGCAUUAGGACUUCAAAAGCAUUCCUAUGGGGUCUUGGGUGACGGAUGUCCUCAUGCAAAGCAAGAGGAGGUCCAGAGUCAAUUAGGCGACCAAGAGGCAUGACAUCGCAAAAGUCCCUAUAGUAACUAUCUGGUAAACAGCCACUAGAGGUGGGGUUAACCCAGCAAAUUAUAGAUAGGGUAAAGUCCUCCUCGAUAUGUCCUCCAAAGUAAAGGGCCUAACCCUGUGUAUAGAGUAACGAAACAAAUGUUCCCUCUGGGAACCAAAUUCUUUGGAGUGAUAUUUAUGCAUAGAGCUGAAACAUAAUAAAGAAAAAUGAGUCCCAAUAGAAAUGGUUGUGCAAAGUAAAGUGUAGUGAAAAAAAUAAAAAAUUAGACCAUACCUACACAUGGGAACAUUUGUUGAGUUAACCCAACAAGGUAAUUAUUGCAGUUUUUGAUAAACUGCAAUAAUUAAAAGUGCAGGGUUAAGAGGACUGGGACACUGCACACAAACCACUUCAAUGAGCUGAAGACCAGACCACUUCAACUAGGUGCCUAUAGUGUCCGUUUAGGCUUGCUGCAGUGCUUUAUGUGUGACGUGUGUGUCCUCUUUUUUUAAUUUUACAAAAUGGACAGAUUUCAAUAGGAACUGGCACUUUUAUAAAUGACCCUUUUUACACAGCCUUGAUGCUAAACUCAUUUGGUAAGCAAUUUCUCAGAGCACCUGCCUUGCAAAGACUUUUUAUUCAGCUGCAGUGGGAUGUAGGUGAAUGGACAGACACAGAAACUCUGGGCUGUGGAAGACGUGGAGUGCUUUCAAAGGCUGCAGACAAGAGACCUGCAGCUUUUGCAAGCUGUUUUUAGAUAUACCCCAAUGACAAAAAUUAAAACAUGCAUAAAUAAAUGCAUGCAUGUUUUCACUGGGGGUAUAUAUAAUGAACAGUGAUUUUUCUUUUUUUAUUUGGGCAGUGGAGUGUCUCUAAGUAUUUGACUGUUCACAAAAACUAAAUUUUUUACCUACCGUAAAUUUCUUUUUCCAGAAGAUUAGAGGCAGUGCUUUACAACUGGGAUUUCAUCACCUUGAGGAAAAAAAAACAGGCAGGCAAUCUCCCAAACUUUUCAAGAACCUCCCCCAAUUAACCUUUGGCCUUAUAAAUUGCUUCCUACCCAAGACAUCCCCAGAAAUUACAAAAGCCGAAUAACCGUACCACUCAUGAACAAAUUUUGGGGGGGGAAGUGAGUGCCUCUAAUCUUCUGGAAAAAGAAAUUUACGGUAAGUAAAAAUUUUUGUUUUUCCCUUCAGAUUAGAGGCAGUUCUUUACAACUGGGAUAUCCAAAAGCAAUCCCUUAGGGCGGGACUCACUUCUCACUGCAAAAAAACCUGUGACCAAAGUUGUAUCUUCCAAGAUCAACAGACCAAAUUGAGUGAAGAGAUGACCUCGUGGCUGUUAGGAAAUCGAGAUAACGUAUAGCAGAAGCCCUCAGGCAACCAAUCUGAACAUAACUGUGAUCGAAGGAGCUUCAAUGGAGAUAGGUGUUAAAUAAGGAAAAACACAAAUGAAUGUAGACCUUUAGGGUAAUGUAGAUGAGAACUAAACGCCCAGGCAGUGGAAUUAGAAUUCCAAGACCCUAGAACGCUGUUGGGAAAAGUUAGAAAAAUAAUGUUAGAUGGAAGAUUGAGAAGAAUUAAAGAAUCCAACUUAACUCCACUUUCUCCUGCUGAAAAUGGAAACUUGAAGAACUUUAAGUUCUUCCCAAAAAUAUUUUGGGGUGACUACCUCCAAAGACCUAGAGUGAAGACUCAAAUCAGCAGAGUAAAAAAAAAACAAAAGAAGAUCCCCUGUGGAAAAGAUUCCCUGAAGAUAGGAACUAACCACGAAAGAGCCUAGCAGAUACUGGUGAUUUGGAGAUAAUCCUCUGAAAAUCAACUAAUAACCGAAAUUUGACCUUGAGGAUCUCUGGCUUUAAACCAUCCGCAAAGCCCAUCUGAAAAAAAUAAAAAAAAUAAAAAAAAUAAGUUAAAACUUGGAAACGGAUGCCUGCUCUUCUAAGAACCAAUAUCUUAAAAAAACAACACCUUCCAUACUUGAAAUAAAUCUUGGAACAAGAUCCAUUUAUAGUAAAAGAAAUUGUCAAUAAUUUCCUGAGACAAAACAUUAUCCUUCAGUAUCUGGUAUACAUAAACCAGGUCGUCAGCUUGAAUUACAACAAAUUUGAGAAGCGAUACCCUUGAGAAUUCCAGGAUGCCUAUUUACAGGUAAGGUCCCCAAAGAGUCCUCCAGAUAAUUUUAGAUGAACGGUGAAACAGCUACUUUCCACCAAGGGAGGAAGACUAUCAUUCUCACCUUUUCCAUCCUAUAGGAUCUUGGGGAAUAGGGAACCAGGAGGAAACUAUAGGUUAGACUGGAAUUCCCAAGAAAGAAAAGGAAACCACAGCUUACUGGUCUGUCCAAGCUUGUACAAUGAAACACUUCAUGCUGUUUGAUCUAGAAAUCUCAGUUCCAUAACUGGAUAAUCAAAUUCUUCCUAUUGUUUGGGUGAAGAUCAGGGAGUAUGAACCAAACUGCUUUGUAUUAAAUGUGGACUACUCCAUGCUACAGCUAAACAGAGGAAUAUUAAGUUCUAUGCAUAAGUGACUAGACCUAAGAAAAACUAACCCAAGCAUAUCCUGGAACAAGAUUUUUCAAACAAGAUGACCUUGUCUGUACAUAAUUGCUACCGAUGUAGAACUAUCUGACCAGAUCUGGAUAAGAAAAUACCUGGUCUUUAUCUGAAAGGCAAAGAGAGCUAGCCAGAUAGCCUUCAGUCCUAUGUAGCUGGAUAAGUUUUUACAAAUUAUCUCAGCUAAUUUCCCUUCAACCGUAUGAGAACCUAGCUGAGCCCUGAAGCAUCAGUCGUAAAAUUCUGAACGAUCCAUUUGAGAACUAGAACAAAAAGUAAGAACCAUUUGCCAUCCUUCAUUUCUGCCUGGUUCAGAAAGAAGUGACCGAAGUAUAGGAUUUUACUGCAAAAUCUUAUCAGCAACUGUAUCUGGCCUAUGAAGGACCUGUAAAACAGUGCUAUGCUUAAAGAAGCUGAAGAGACCAAGCGCGUUCUUACAAGACGGGAACCAAUAUUAUUUCCCUAGUAUCUUGUCUACUGAAGUAGAAGAGAGAUUUCAGGUGAUAGAACCACACAUUUUUUCUUCAGGGCAUUACCUUUCUCCGAGAGUCAAAAACCCUUGUCAAAUAUUUACAUCUGAACUGUUCCUUGACAAACACCAGAACUGCACACUUCUUGAAAAGGGAAUUCUUUAUCAGAAGAUUGAUUAGCAUCAACCUGUAUGCUGUAGAAACACCCUAACCUUUAGGGGCUGGUGUACAAAAAACAAUUAGGUGCCCCUGAGGAAGCAGUAUUGUAGAGAUUCAACAAAUUUAUGGAUGGCAACAUUUUGCAUAGUGAGAGAAUCUCAAGUGGCAAUUGCCAUAAUCUUUUCUUAAAAGAAAACUGCAGACAAACCUAGGCAGUAAACCAUCCCAGUCAUAUCGUAUCUAUUGCAGUGCAGGGAACAUAUUGAACCUGGUGGAACUACACCUUGAUCAAUAGGCUUGCAGCUGUACUAGAACUUGCUUCAAGCCCAGUAACAUGAGGAAGAAAACAUUUUCUAGUUCAUACAGGUUACCAUCUUUAUUGGCGGAAGCGAGACUGAUUACAUAGAUAUACAGUCUGCAUAAGACAAUACCCAUGAUCCAGGCUUUCCUUAGCCAUAUUUGGGAAACAGAGGCUAGAGCAGACAGAAUAUCUGCAACUGCAUUUCAAAACCUGUUUGAUGCAGACUCUGCAGGAACCAAUAUUAGUAAGCAAUCAUAAAUUUUCAAUUCCAACCAUCAGCCCGACCUGCUAUAGGUAGAGAUGCCACGAACCGUCCGCGAACAUCUCGCGAGCCGCGGCGAACUCUGGUCAGCUGACACGUCCAGGCCAAUCUCCAGCAGACCCUCCCUCCCAGACCCUCCUACUUCCUGGACAGCAUCCAUGUUUCAACUAUAGGCUUUCCUUAGCCAUAUUUGGGAAGCAGAGGCUAGAGCAGACAGAAUAGCUGCAACUGCAUUUAAAACCUGUUUGAUGCAAACUCUGCAGGAAACAAUAUUAGGAAGCAUUUUCUUUAACAUUUCCAUUCCAACAGUCAGUUAGCUCAAACCUAUCUGACAACAUAGGACUUGGAAUUUAAGAUAAAACAUAAAAAUGUGCAACCAUGGAGUGAAGCACAGGAAAAGUUCUGCCCCAGCUGAAAAACAGACUGCCUAUUUAGAAACUGAUAUCAGGUGAAACUAGUUGAGGUGGUGAGAAUGCUAAUUGCAACAGAGCUUUGUCUACAGCAAUUGCUAAAAGCCUCCUGCAUUGCCUGCUGGCUGAAAAUAAAAUAAAUAAAAGUUAAUCAGUGUAAAAAAAUUAAAUAAUAUAUACUUAGAUCAUAUAUAUAUAUAUAUAUAUAUAUAUAUAUAUAUAUAUAUAUAUAUAUAUAUAUAUAUAUAUAUAGCCAAAAGUACAAGGGACUUCCAAGUUGAAUGAAUAAAACUUAGCUUUUAUUAGCUCAAAAUAAAAAUCAACGUUUCAGUCUGUAUCACAGACACAAAAUGUGACAUAUCCAUUCACAUACACACAAUUCCACAAGCAGCCCCCAUACACAGCCCACAUUCAUAUAUAUCAUAAACUACUACUGAACAUAUACAAUAUAAUAGCUCAUAUACACACAAAUACAACGAUACAAAGCAAUUACGGUAAAAAUAACACAAGCAGAAUACGGCAGCAUACACACCUCAAUUUAAAAUUAAAAUAGGACCGGCACACUAUGGGACAUCACAAUCCUAUAUUGGCACAGUGCUGCUAAAAGGUUGCCUACCCCUGUUAUAGGCUUUACUCAAAGAAUAAUAUAUUUUGGGCUCGAUCUACUAAGUGCUUACCCUUUCAAGGCACUAUUUGUUUUAAGAUUUUAGAAAUAAUCUUUAAGUGAUGAGAAGCUAAAAACUCUCCAACUUAGAAACAUUUGCGCUUUUUUUAGCUUAUCUAUCUUGCAGCACAGAUAAUUAACUUAUUCAGGCUAGAGUCAUUUAAGAUAAAGCAAAAAGGCUUACCUUAAAUGUCCUCAGAGUGUGUUGGAGGUUGGUGAGAACACACUUGCAACAGAUUCUGAGUGCACUUGGCAACAGUUAGUUGCUGCUGGGUAAACAGCCUCUCUAAGUCCUGGAAACCAAUAUCUUGACCCCGGAGAGAAAAAAUAAUAAAGAUAUUGGCGCCUGAAUUUUAAAUCGCAUUACGCAUGUCCUGCAUUUCACGAUUCCAUGGUGGAAAUAAACGUAACCUGUACGAGUGUUCCACCAGCAGGACUUCCCAGCUAGUGCCCAAAUGCGCACCAUCGUGUGCCCGGCACCUGGCUCGGUAUAGACGGAAGUAAUACAACCGGGGGAGAUAGAGCCGUCUGGUGUGUUAUCCCUGGCCGAUCUCUGAAAAGUUUAUUUUAAAAAAGUAGAGCCUCCAGAGCCUCAGCCCUCUCACCAUACUUUUAGAGAGAAAACCUGAACCUGACACCCUCCUCUGCCGGAGGCAGGCAAAGAACUGGGGAUGUCUUGGGUAGGAAGCAAUUUAUAAGGCCAAAGGUUAAUUGGGGGAGGUUCUUGAAAAGUUUGUGAGAUUGCCUGCCUGUUUUUUCCCUCCAGGUGAUGAAAUCCCAUUUGUAAAGCACUGCCUCUAAUCUGAAGGGAAAAUAAAUUGUACUAUGUUAUUUGAGACAUAUAAUGUCUAGUACUUUUGUUAAUUUUGUGUAAAAAGAAAAUAAUGUGCACCUUUAUGUUAUAAAAAAUAAAUAAAAACAAUCUACUUUCUGUGAGCAUGUAGGAUUUAGCUAAAUGUCAAAGUCUAUAUGUGAAGAUUUUUUCAAAAUCCCCAUUUCCUAAUGAGGAAACCAUCAUUCGGGGGUUGCACCAGGUUGCAGGCACUGCGUGGUAUGCUAGAUGAGGAAUUUUGUUAUUAUAUUGUUUAUGUUUAGCCAUUUGUGUUCUAUUUAAUGAGAGAAAAUUUCUGCCAUCCUAUAACUUUUUAUAUACAUAGAAAUUAGAAUAUAUUCAAUGGCAAUGGAAUUUAAGUGAGGGUAUAAUAUUAAUUAUUAUUGUCACCUCAGACAGUUGUUAAAUAAAAAUGUUGAAUGCAUAAAAAGCAUCAUGUUUAUGUUUUCUUUCAGAAUCAAGAUCGCAAGUUGAAGGAAUUCCAGGAUGAACUGGAAGACGCAAAGCUGAAAUACGAAGGUUCUCUGACUGAUAUUGCACGACUGGAAAGUGCCAUUGGAUCUAAAGUGAGUAUGAUAUGCCAUCACUCAUAGAUUUACAUCAAAGCUACCUGUUAUUGGGGUAAUAUAAGGAUCCAUUAUUAGGCAUAUCCUAAUACGAAUAUUUUUGGUAUACAUGAUUUCCGUGUACAUGUUAUGUUUUACUAGCUUAACUAUAGCAAACAACACAAGAGCUCUGUAAUGUUCGGAUACUGCAAAGCUUUUUGCUAGUACUUUAGCACGUCACUAAUUACAUUUACAUUAAAUGUACGUAAAUUUUUUUUGCUGCACCUACUCCUGUUAAUUGUUUCAAUAAAGCUUUAAUAUGCACAAAAACAAAAAGAUACAUUCAGGUGCAUGAUCCCCCACAAGUUAGAUUUAUUUGUUAAAAGUAUGCAGAAGUCAACUCAACUCUCUUUUACACAUAACAUACGUACCCAAGAAAAACAUUGUAUUGUGUAAAGGAUGGAUUAUUACAGCAAAAGAUUUAGUUCCUUUGGUUUUCAUCAGCUAUGUAUUGUAUUGUGUAUUGUAUUGUUUUUUUUUUUCUUCUUGGUUCUGGCUUCAUCUCUUGCUGUUCCUGCAUUCUGCAUUUGUUCUUCACUAAUUUAAAAUUAUCGAGGUUAUACACUAACGUGAGAAUUCAAAUUGAAUUGAAAGUGAAUUUAAAAUUUAAGAUAUAAGUAGCCAAACUGGAAGCAUAGCUGAUGUAGGUAAUGUUUCAUGUAAUAGAUUUGUCUAUUUUACCUUGAAUUUUAAAAUUCAUCUUGAAUUCAUUUUGAAUUCCCUGUGUAAGUACUAUAAUCUCUGUCUUUAGUUUCAUAUAGAAGAACCCUCAGCACUCCAGGUGUUGUUGACUACCGCUCAUAUAUAUUUAAAAUUAACAUUAAAUGAAAUUUACAUUUUUAUUGAUUUAAAAAAAAAAAAAUGUUUUCAUACAUGUAAUAAUUUGUAUUCUUACCGGACAGGAAAAGGAGGCUCAAGAGCUUUUGGACAACUGUCGCAGAAGCAACACACAGGCAGGAAUCUGGGAGAACAAGUCUCACCAGCUGGAAACGGAGUGUAGAUCUGUAAAACUAGACCUUCGCAAUGCAGAGUCCGAAUGUCGGAGGCUCAAGGAAACAGUUGAUUCGCUACAAAUGGAGAUUGAUCACGUAAGAAAAUAAUUUUAUAUUUUAUGCAGAAACUCCAAGCAGUUCUGACUAAAAUAUAAUUUCAGAUUAGCAUGUAUGUGUACUAUCAAAUAUUUACUGUGAUUACCAUUGGAUAUUAACACAUCAGUCUGGCAAUUUUAAAGUAAUGGACUCUAAAAACAAUUAACCGUGACUAGUUUAGUUCAAUCUAUUGAUUCAAUUAACCAGGCUCUUUCUAUACAGAAAUAUUUACAUUUAGUUGGCCUUUUAAAAUCUGUUCAUUUAUGUAAGUAGGGUGUAAGUUCCACAGAGAGAGGAGUAUUCCAGACUUCAUUGGUUUUAGAUACGGUACCAUACGGCUCGUGAACACAAGUAGGAGACUGAAUAAAGAUAUCUAAAGAUAAUACUAAAUAUUUUAGACCUUAAUCAUAAAAAUUUUAUAAGCUUGUCUAGCCUAUUUGAUCACAUGGAAAAUUAUGUUCGAGGGCAAAACACCAGCAUAGUAGCAGGAAAUUCUUGUAAAGACAUUUAAAAAAAAAAAAAAAAUUCCAUCUGGAUUAUAGUGAACGGUGGACUAAAAACUUAGACACACUAAGGGCACAAAAAUAACCUAGCUUAAUAACAUAAACGCUAAGCCUAUUGCAAGUAACUCUGCCUAUUCCUAUGUAUAACUUCUGUAUCCCAUGGUUAAAGAGAGUCUCUGUGAUUACCAGUCAACUCCGCAAGCCCCAGGACUUUGCAAGGGCCCAUAUGCUGGUCCCACUGAUCCGGUUGCUUGCAGCACCUGGAAUCGUGCCCCAUUAGGCUUCUGACUUGGCUUGAUGUUGAGAGUACCUUCUCUGGUAGUGGGGGAUGUGCAGCUGGGUUCGACCAUUCCUAGCCCUUGAUCUGGGAAUGCGGGAGCUGUGAGCGGUCCCUGUGGCAUUUAGGCGAGUAUGCAGGAGUUGGGGGAUUUUUCCCUUGUGUUUCAAGCUGGGCAUGGGUGUAGGUUGCUCAGUCAUGCAUUGCUGGGGUUAAUGCAUGACUGGAGGUGAGUACUGUGGUGUCUUGUCUCUCUGACUCCUCUCCAUACGUGGGUUCUGUUUAGUGGCCAGUCUCAGCCAGAAGUUGGCAAAAAUCUGAUCCAGCUUUUGCAUGGUGUCUUCCAGCAGGCCCUGUGUGGCUGAGGUAGGCAGCACAUCUGCCAUUUUCUGUGUGCCGAGGAGUUGUACUGGAAUGCCAACAGGUUCUCAGUAUCACCCUUAGGAGGAGAAAGUUGCCCUAGAGUGGGUAACGGGAUAUCCCUCACUAGUGGGGGGGAGGGAGGGUUUGGGAAUCUCUACUGCUCCUAUGUGCCCCUGCAGGAUGGUUGAUGAGGAGAUAAGCCUCUUCUUCCCAGUCACCCCCACAGGUAGGCCUCAAAGAAACUGUAGGCUUAGACCUCCAUUCGAGCAGUGAGACAGCUCAAUAUACGUCUCCGAGUCACUUGGAUUAUCUCCAACAAGAUUAGGUAUACAUUUUAUGGAACCAAGUUGGUUAUAUUGCAGAAUAUCGAGAUUUUAGCUCGAGCUCUUACUUAGUGCGGCCGCUCAGUAUGGCGGCCAAGCACCACCACCCAACAACUUGUGGGUUUUUUUUGACAAUAAACUAAUGUUACUUUUUCUCAGUCGAACUAAAACUGCAAUCAUUUUAUUCAUAGCAUGUAACCACUGAACAGUCCUACAAAUCUCAGAUAAACAGCUUAAAUAAGGCUGCCUCAAAGAUGGAAGAAGAAGCACAUCAGAUUAAAGCAGAGAAGAGUACUGUCCUCAAUGACUUGGCAUCUACACGAGAGCUGUGUGUUAAGCUUGAUUCCAGCAAAGAACUUUUAAACAGGCAGCUCAGUGCUAAAAUUCAGGACAUGGAGCAGGUAUGCUGCAAGCCAGUUCAAUUCCCUUCAUUCAAAAUAUUACUUAUAACCUAUAUUGUGUAAUAAAAAAGAUAUUUUUUUCAUGUGCAGCUUCAGAUGGAGCUGGAAUCCACUCGAUCAGAGCUAGAACUCCUGAGGAAGCAACUAGCAAGCGAAAGAAUUGCUAUAAAGAAUCUGGAGUCUCUGCUGUUUGGCAACCAGGAAAAAGAAUAUCAAUCAAACAUGCGGGCCAAAGAGUUAGACUCAGAACUUCAACAUCUCAAAGAAAAACUAAUUUUGACAGAGAGCAAGCUGUAAGUAAAUGUAUUAAAAAAACUUGAUGGGGCAGUCAUUUUCUAUGAACUUUUUAUUGUUGAUUAGGUUUAUGUGUAAUGGGAAACUAAAGUACCUUGCGUGUUUAAUUGUAUGAAAGGUUGAAGAACGUUCAAAUUCUUCAAUUCUUUGAAAGAGCAAGUAAAGUCCACAAUAUAUAUAUAUAAAAUAUUAAGAUGAAUAAAAUAUUUUCUGUGAUCAGAGAAUCAUUUAAUAUAUAUGAAAAAUACAUAAACUUACACAGAGGGUAGAGCAGCGCUAAAGAAACUGCAUACAAUAAUAUAUCAGGCAGCAGAACUGAUAGGGGAAUCCUUCAAGCCCCUAAAAAACUAGAGCUAGUGAAACAAAGGUUGCAGGUAACACCAAGAAUAAAACAAUAUGGAAUAAAAUCUGUAAAAAUACACACACAAAAAUAGUCCACAAUAAAAUAUGGAGAUUAAAAAAAACAAAAACCCAAAGGUAAGGCACAGUCUUAGAGAUAACAGCACAUCUUCAAGCUGUUGUACGAUACUUUUAGCAUAACUUCGCUUGGUAGCAGCAUAUGAAAGGAAACAUAAGUUGAACCUAUAGUGCAGAUUAGUUGUAACAGAUGGGACAAGCAACACUAAAAAUAGUAGUCAACUCACAUAUAGUAGAGCUAUAACCAGCUCUAGGAAAAUCAGCAUGCAGUGGUGUUAAAUCCCCACUUGCAGGAUAUCCCUCUGAUGUUGAUGAUCAAUAAGUAGCAAUGAAGCAAAUCACAACAGGGUAACAGUGAGGUAGAUCAUAUAAAAUGAAAAAAUAGCCAAUAGUGCUCUCUGUGUAGGUAAGUAUUUAUGAAUGAAGAAUGAAAUGUACUUACAUUAGAAUGAGCAGACUAACCUCUCUAUGUCACAAGCGUGGGUGGUAUAAUCCCCACCUAGGAUUCUUCAGUUGGUAGUCCUCAGGAAAUUCAGAUGUCAGGUAAAAUAUAAAAUCAAAAGAUAAAUAAAAAGUAUAUGGCUUACAGCAGGUAAUAGGGUAGCCAAAAAUACCAUAUACAGAAAGAAGAUAUAAACCACAAUGCGUUUCUCCCUUUAGGGCUUUUUCAAGUGGGUAAAAUGUUUUUAUCCAUUCAAAGGGAAUUUCCAAUUUAAGGCCAAUUUGGAAGCAUAGCUGAUUUAGGGAAUGUUUCCAGUUUUGCUAUUUAUAACACAAAUUUAAAAUUCACUUCCAAUUAACCUUGAAUUCUUACUUUAGUAAAUAACGCUAAACUGCACACUACACGUGUCAUGCGGUAUCUCUUCCGGGUUCGACAUUCCCGCUAUGCGGAGCCGGCCCCACCCGCUUCUGACGCGGCUCUCUGACACUACUUAGAGAGACCGUGCCAGAGAGAAAGGGCUUGGUGAUUGUGGGACCUACUUCCGGGUAUAGACGCCGGCUCCACAAGCUUCUUUCACAAGCCUUCCUAAACCUUUGAAGAUAAAAGGAUUAUGCUUCAUCCACUAGAGGAUUACUGGAGAACGGACACUUUACCAUUUAACAAGUGGACUCUAAUACUGAUCUCUUAGCUUAAAGGACCACUAUAGUGCCAGGAAAACAUACUUGUUUUCCUGGCACUAUAUUGCCCUGAGGGUGCCCCCACCCUAAGGGUCCCCCUCCCGCUCGGCUCUGGAAAGGGGAAAGGGGUUAAAACUUACCUUUUUCCAGCGCUGGGUAGAGAGCUCUCCUCCUCCAAUCCUCCUCUGCUCCUCCCAUGCGGCUGAAUGCGCACGCGCGGCAAGAGCUGCGCACGCAUUCAGCCGGUCACAUAGGAAAGCAUUCUUAAUGAAAAUCACAGUGAGAAGCACGCAAGCGCCUCUAGUGGCUGGCAAUGAGACAGCCACUAGAGGAAAUAGGGGAAGGCUUAACCCAUUCACAAACAUAGCAGUUUCUCUGAAACUGCUAUGUUUGUGAAAAAAUGGGUUAACCCUAGAAGGACCUGGCACCCAGACCACUUCAUUAAGCUGAAGUGGUCUGGGUGCCUAAAGUGGUCCUUUAACCACUAUGAACUGUUUCUUGCUUUGCAAAUAUUCUCUGCUACCUGCAUACUAUUUCUAUUGAAGAUUAUUCCCAUCAACAUACAGAAUAUUAUCCAAUACAUCACUGAGGAAAUACUUAUUGAUGAACUUGUUUGCUAUAACCAGCAAUAUCUUCUUAUUGAAUUAUUACCUAUAUGCUUUUCACUUAAGUUUAUCACAAUCAUUAAAACUUCGUUUGAUUCUCUAAUUGCCAGCAAUCCUCUCUUUUCUUAAAGCUACAGUAUUGAUAAUUUAAAGAUUUUCCGUUUCUUCACUAUUGUAAUUAAGGAGUUCUACAAGCUGCAGUUGAGUUCCAAUUCUAAAAACCCUAGUAGCAUAACAACAUGUAGGAAACCACAAUUACCGUUUUAACAAUAGCUCCAAGGGAAAAUGGCAGAAUACUUCAAGUUUGAGGAGUCCUUUCUCCCUUUUCCAGACUCUGUAAAGCGUGUAUGAUAAGUGUGCAGGUACUGUUGAUAAGAUAUGUUGCCCAUUAAAAAGAGGAAAUUUAGGCAAAGCAUAUUCUUAGAAAAUAGAUGAAAAUUUAAUUUUAAGUUUCAAAUAAAGAAUAUUGUUGACACAAAUGAUUUUGGAAAAUGUCUGCAAUAAUUUGUUUGUUUUGCUUUUCCUUUCUCCAAUCCUAGUGGAAACCAAGGACGAGAAACUGCCCAUUUGAAAAACAAGCUAGCCCAGCAAAGUGCUGAACUUGAAUUAACAAGGAGACAACUGUCUACUGAACAAUUUGAAAGGUAAGUGCAGGCACACAGUAUAAAUAUUUAUACAGUAGCUGAAUGAGAGUAUGCCACGUUUAAGGAGAAGUUGUUCUCAAACUGUUAUCUGUGGUUCUCCUUUCAUUCUUUCCAGUGGGUAACCUGGUAACCUAGUGUGUAAUGUAAAAUAGAAAAAGAGAGGGUAAACCCCUUGAUUGCAUAAACCAUCAGCAUAUAAGUAAAUCAAACGAAGCAACGUUAAUAGUGAUCUACUCUCAACAGAUUGGGUUCUCAUCUAGGCCAAAAUCACAAAUACAUAAAAGCUAAUCAAAGUAGCAGAUAUGAAAACACAAUAAAAACAUUUAAAAAAAACAAAAACAAACGUUAUUACCCUCAUAAUACAUAAACAAAACAUAAAAUAAUAAUUUACAAUCUAAAAGUGUUCAUUUUGGUCACUAUUCUUAUGAUCCCAAUAGAAAGCAAAUCCAUGCAGUAUAUAACUAAGUAUACAUUGAGUGAAACAUACAUUGAUCAUCCACAACAUUAAAACCUCUGACAGGUGAAGUGAAUAACAUUGGUUAUAUAGUUACAAUGGUACCUGUCAAGAGGUGAGAUAUAUUAGGCAGUAAGUGAACAGUCAGUUCUUGAAUUUCAUGUGUUGGAAACAGGAAAAAUGGGCAAGUGAAAAGAUCUAAAUGGGUUUGACAAAGGCAAAAUAGUGAUGGCUAGAUGACUGAGUCAGAGCAUCUUCAAAACGGCAAGUCUUGUGGAGUGUUCACGGUAUGCAGUGGUUAGAACCUAUCAGUGAAGCACAACCAGGGACUGGCGUCAGAGGCAUGUGCUCCCAAGGCUCAUUGAUGUACAUGUACAUUGAGAGCGAAAGCUAGUCCGAAUACACAGAAGAACCAUGAUAGAAAGGUGUCUGAACAUACAGGGCUUCGUAGUUUGCUGCUUAUGGGGCUACGUAUGAAAUAUACUGACGCAAAGUAGUUGAUACUUUGUCUCAGUAUAUCUUUUGAGUGGGUUGGAAUUUUAAGGGACACUAAAGUUACAAAAUACAACUUUAGCUUAAUGAAGCAGUUUUGGUGUAUAGAUCAUGUCCUGCUCAAUUCUUCACCAUUUAAGAGUUAAAUCACUUUGUUAAUGCAGCCCUAGCAGGGCCGGUGCAAGGAUUUCUGACAACACAGGCGAAGAUGCAUUUUGCAGCCCCUCCUCCCCCCAAAAAAUGCAUCUUCACCUGUGUGUCAUGUAACCCCCCCUUUUAAAUUUCUUACCCCCUUCAGUGUUUUUAUCCUAUCAUUCGAAUAUCUUACUCCCCUUUUCUCCUUUGUGUGUCUUACACCCGCUUUGCUGUGUUUUAUCUCCUUGUGUUUCUCUUACAACCCAUUUGUGUAUUUUUUACUUACUCCAGCCCCUUUGUCUGUCUCUUUCUUCUCCCCAGCUCCUUUGUGUGGCUCUUUCUCCCCCAAAGUCCCUUUGUACGUCUCUUUCUCCCCACAACCCUUCUGUCUGUCUAUGUGUCCUCCCUCAGCCCCUCUGUGUGUCUCUUUUUGCCCCCCAGCAUUCCUGUCCCUUUCAAUGUCCCCCUCCCCCUAUACCUUUCAUUGUCCCACCUCCCCUCCUGUGCCUUUAAAUGUCCCCCACCUUUUAUUGCCUCCCCUGAACCUUUUAUUAUCCCCCUCCCCUCCUGUACCUUUUAUUGCCCCCCCUCCUGUAACUCUUCUUUGUCCUCCCUCCUGUAACUCUUCUUGCCCUCCCUCCUGUAACUCUUCUUGCCCUCCCUCCUGUAACUUUUAUUGUCCCCCCCUCCUGUAACUCUUCUUGUCCCUCCAUAGCUCUUCUUGUCCCCCCUCCUGUAACUCUUCUUGUCCCCUCCCUCUUGUAAAUUUUAUUGUCCCCCCCUCCUGUAACUUUUAAUGUCCCCCUCUCCUGUAACUCUUCUUGUCCUCCCUCCUGUAACUUUUAUUGUCCCUCACUCCCCUCUUAAGUUCCAUUGUGCCUCCUUUUGUAGCGUGGUUGAGCGGGCGGUACGCGGCAGAGGAUCCUGUUUCCUGUCCCAGUCUGACAGGAAGCAGUUUGUUGCAUCUCCUGUCAGACCGGGUAAACCGCGGCCCGCCCGCUCGGCAACUCUACACGCAAUGACCGGAAGGAGGGGAGCACUAGGCAGUGUGCUCUCCUCCUGCCAGUCACCCGAGGAUUGCGCCCCCCAGGCCAGUGCGCCCUAAGGCGGCCGCUUGUGCCGCCUUAUGGUAGCGCCGGCCCUGAGCCCUAGGCACACCUCCCUGCAUGUGACUUUCACAGCCUUUCUAAACAUUUCCUGUAAAGAGUCAUCUAAUGUUUACACAUUCCUUUAUUGCAAAUUUUGUUUAAUUAAGAAUUUCUUAUCCCCUGCUCUGUGUCACGUAUUUAUGCUCACCUUAUGGUAUUUGCGGUGGAAAUUUCCUUCCUGGCAAUAAUGGAGGUACCGCUCGGCAGUCCUGCGCCAUUGUACCUGGCUUCUGCAGCAUGUCGGUGGACGCCGGCCACUGCGGGUCCACUCCAUAUUGUAGCUCCACGUCUGCCCACGGUAAUGACGGUGACGACGUGCGUGUGAUGUCACGCAAAAGACUGCGUGCACGUUUUGGGGUCAAAGCCCCGUUACGGCCAAACUGAUCUGCAAGAGGGUUAUUUAAACUAAUUUUUCCUUUUACUCAUUGCCCUGUCGUGGUUUCCCUUAGAUGAUUAUCCGAGAGUGUGUUCAUGAUCGUGUGCUUCUGGUUUUUGACUUUGGCUUCAUUUUGACUUCCCUGACUUCUGGUAUCCUUCUAUUGGCUUUUCCUUAUUGCUGUGUCUCGUUCUGUGUCCCCGACCUUGGCUAGUAUAUUGACUAUUCUCUGGUACCUUAACUCUGGCCAUUCUAAGGUCCGGUUAGAAGUUACCCUUAGUCCUAGGUGUGAUACUAUUCUGCCUGCUGGAUCAACUGUAAUCCUGACACUCUGUUAAUAGCUUGCUAGACCUUGGAGGAACAUUCUGUGUGUGAUUAAAGUUAAAUUUACAGAGCAGGUGACACAAUCGUUUAAAGUAAUUUACAUCUGAUUGAAAAUUAACCAUUUUUUUCAUGCAGGCCGUGUUUUCUGCAUGUACUGAAACAAAAGUGAGUUAACUCGUAAAUCGAAGGGAAUUGAGCAGUGACAUUUCAUAGGCAUGAUCUAUACACCAAAACUGCUACAUUAAGUUAAAGUUUUUAUGGUGACUAUAGUGUCCCUUUUAGUUAACAAAUAUAUACAUAAAUCAGAAACUGGACCUUAGAAUGGCAGGAUGUUAAUAUAGAAAAGUACAGGACAAACCAAGAUCGGGAAAUAGAAGGUACCUAAACAGUGAGACAAGCCAAAGAUCAAGGUAUACCAAGGUCACAAUAGUCAAUGAACAAGCCAAGGUCAAAAUAGACAAGAUUCAAUAUAAAUAACACACUCUCUGAUAACCAACCAGAAAAUCAUGAUAGGGCACUAAGAAAAAUUCAUGAACGUCAUAUUGUGCAAGACCUAUAGAGCCAUAAAAGGUUCUAGCGUGCAGUGAAAACUCUGAUGGACCUUGUGGAAACUCACCAUAUCUAAGUGUACCCUCCAGCUACGAGCCUGCACUUGUGCAGGAGUUCUGCCGCUCAGGGACGUGACAGUUGUGGCUAAUCGAUGUAGUCACCUCAAUCAGCGUAGCAAUAAACCAAUAGAAAACUUAUCAAAGUGGAAUAAAAAAAAUGUCAUAUUGUUCAGAGAAUUAGAAUUCCUAUUAGGUUUCUAUUUUCAACAGAGACAAAACACUUGAGUGUGCAAGAAAAAUGCAUGAAAUAGGGGAAGAGUGUGCUUCACACUUCUAUGCAAGCUGUGAUCUAAGUGUAAACUUUAUUUUACUAAUUAUUAUAUUGCAGGUCCCAUAAAAAUGGAGUAAUGUUUUUUUUACAAUUGUUGGAAGAAGAUAAAUAUCCAGGAACAGCUGAGGUUUCUUCCAAAAGGCAGUCUUUUUAUUUGGAACAAGAAUGUGGAGACAACGUAUUGACUCCUCUCUUUCAGACUUGUUAAAGGCUCAGAGAGGAGCCCCAUUAUCCAAAGACUGCCUUUUAUAAGAAACCUCAGGUGUGCCUGGGUGUUUUUCUUCCAUUUGAUUGGCCCUCCCUUUCUGGAGCACCCUGCAAGACGUAUUCCCCCUUUUCUAGUGUGUGCAUUAUUUUGACAAAAAAUUGAGUUGACAGUUACAUUUUUGGCUCCAGUCACUGAUAUAUAUUCCACCAACUAUUUUUCAUACUCUGCUAUUCUGGUUUACAUUUUUCAGCUCCAUUGUCUGUUCUUCUGAAUUUUCUAUUUAAUGGACAUUGCAGUAAUUACUUGAAAUGUUUGUGAGCCAUUGAAUCAAUUAUUUGAAGUGGUAAAAUGGUAGUAUUUGGGUACCUUUUGUUUUUGGAAAUGUUGCAUUUAAAAUAUAAAUAUGUAAGAUCAUAACAAGAAUGUGGAUUUGCUUCUUGUAAUUGUUUCCAGGUGUUCAAUGUUUGUCUUUAGGUAUUUAUUUGCGGGAUGAAAUUAAUAUGUUCUAUGUCUAUUUGAGGAUGAAUUUUAUCCAAACAGCAUUAUAUUAUUAUGUGUUUGUCAAGUAUCAUUAUGUGUUUUUCUAAGUUUCAUAUGACCCAUCUGGAGAAGUUGUUUGUUACUAAAUGCAAAAAAAUAUUUUCUUGUAGGGAACGUGCAGUAAAGGAACUUCAGCGGCACUCUUAUGCAUUCCAAACAAGCUCUUUCUUAAGGAACUCUCCUUCAAGGAGUCCUUCAAGGCUCUCACCAGAUCGUUCCUUUCAGUCUCCUGAACGCCGCACCAGGUCUCCUGGAAGAUCCCUUGAAAGGUGUGUUUCUCGUUAUGGUUCUUAGAGUUAACAUGUGAAAGCAGUUAAAGGACCACUUCAUCUCACUGUAGUAGUCUGUGUGCAUUGUCCCUGACGUUUUUCUACCACAAUAUAAAACAUUGCUUUGUUGUAAGUACAGCAAUGUAUUCAUGGUGUGGAAAAACAUUUCUCUACUAGCUGUCUUCCUGACAGCAAGUAGAUGGUGCUUCCGCAUUGAGAACUGAGCCUGACUAGGUUCUUCAUUGAUAGAAUGCUGCACAUGCACAUUAAGUCUGCAGUGCUUCUGAAUGAGAAGGAUUUAAUUUGGCAAAAUGGCAACCAAGCCCGAUUACCUCAGUAGAGGAAGACCGAUGCUGUGUCAGCGCUGGAUAACAGGUACAUACCGAGUUAAUUUAACCAUUUCUGUAGCACAAAACUAGGCGCUGGGAAAUCUAAACAGCUCAACUAAUACUAGGGGCUAAAAGUUACAAUUAUGUCCACCCCCAUAGUGUUCAUUUAAAUACCAUCACACAUAAAAAAAUGUUUACCAUCAGUGCUGUCAUAAUAAAAUGUGAAAAAUAAAUGUUAUUUUUUUGUGUUCCAGGAGUCCAAUAUUUAGACAUUUUUAG